AUGGAAUUUGCACUUCCAAUGGAAGAGAAACAUAAGUAUGAUCGAGAAGCUAACAGUCUUGAAGGACAUGGGAACGAUCCAAAUGUUUCCAAAAAGAUCAUUUUUAAUCAAAAGGUAUUAGACGAAUACUCAGCAAUAAUGAAGAGUACAUCACGGUUUCUUCUAAAGGCAAUGGCAAGAUCACUGAAUUUAGAAAAGAAUUGCUUCUUGAAUGCGUACGGAGAUGAAGAAUUGAUAGGAGCGAGGUUUAAUUACUAUCCAGAAGCUGCAAGUUCAGACAUAUUUGUAGGAGCUGAAGCUCAUUCAGAUGGAUCAGGAAUAACAAUUCUCUUGCAGGAUAAAGAAGUGGAAGGGCUUCAGGUUCUGAAAGAUGGUCAGUGGUUCAGAGUUGCCAUACUUCCUGAUGCAUUAUUUGUCAAUGUCGAGGACCAGUUGCAGAUAAUAAGUAAUGGAAUCUUCAAGAGCCCAAUGCAUAGGGUAAUAGUGGAAUAA